GAACUUAUUACUAAAAAGCUAUCCACUAUUAUACGGUUUUAAAACUUCAACGCCCGGAUUCACAACUUAAUGUGUUAAAAUGAUCUAAAGUGAGAUCUGUAAUUUUGUUGUUUUCAUUAAAAGGUAGAUAUUAUACGUUUUGAAAGAGUAAUUCUUACUACUUUCAAUUUUUUCUGUUUGAUUUUUGCCUUUGAUGUAUUUCUUGCAUUUUACGUGUUUUAACCCAGUUCCUUGAGAAACAUAAAAUCGGGGUUUCGCUGCAAUAAUGAUUUUUUAAUGUUUUAAUCUGUAUCACUAUUUAAAGAUUUUCUUUAAAUGUGCCGAGCUCGUAAGAAUAUUUUGACUUGCAGAACUUAAAUACAGAGUGUACGAAAAGUCCUUGACACAUUUAAACAAUUCAUAGAAAACCAACAAAUUGUCAUAUGAAUUUGCAGUUUGCACCAUUAUACUUCACAGGUUCCAGAGUUUUUAUGACAUCGAAAAAAAGAUGAAAAGGGGAAAAAAAGAAGAAGGAAAAAGGCAUUUCACAGCCAGGGUGAUGGAGAUAAGCCUUGAAACCAACAACAUCAUGGAAAAAGAUGAAAACCACUAUAUUCCACUCAUAUACAAUGGCGUGCCAGAGCGCUUUCGUCUGAAGGCAGAAAAAGAGCUUCAUGAGACUGAUGAAAACAGAGUUGAAGGUUUGAAAAGGCUCAGAACAUAUUUACAAGAUCUAGGUUAUCCUCCCAACACGGACGACGAUUUCUUAUUGCAGUUCCUCCGCCAGCAAAAAUUCAAUUUCGUAAAGGCCGAGAAGAAGCUGAAGAAGUACUACGAAAUGCGUGAAAAAACGUAUGAACUCUUCCAAAGUAUGGAUUUAGAACUGUUUAGCUCUAUGCUGGAUACAAAAAUAUUAGGACUCUUGCCAUUCCGAGACAGAGAAGGAAGAGCCAUAGUUUUCACCUACUCAAAACCAUACGACCCGAAAGCCUUCAAGACUGCGGAUAUGUUCAAAUGCUUCCUUGCGCUUUUGCAUUUUGUUUCCUCAUUCCCCCUGACUUCCAUAUGUGGUCUGAAUUUCAUGGGAUUACCAGCAUUCAUGAAACCUGUUGAUCUUAUACCAUUUUUCGUCGAAGGAAGACAUUUCAUUUGGAUUAAGAAUUCUUGUCCGUUUAGAGAACAGAGAAUAGAUUUUUUCAACGAGCCUUCUCUGAUGCACUACCUGUGGCUGAGUUUAAGACCUUUUUUGCCUUCAAAACUUACUCAAAGGUUACAUUUAAGUGGACCGGAGCCUGUGUCUAGUGUCUACGACCCAUCCAUCAUACCAAAUGAACUUGGUGGUACUAUGGGUCCUUUGGAAAAUGACAGCUACAAAGAACAAUUUCUGGAAUACGUUAAGAAACUCAAAGAUGAAUCUCACUGCUUUCGAAAGAAAUCUUAUAAUCAUCCCAGUUAACAAUUACUGCUGCAACUCAAAGAAUAAAUAGCCACAGCAAAAGCGGUACCUACGAUCAGAUAGAUCUGUUGGUACAACUGUCAAGGCGUCAGAGCUGAAUGAGCACAAAACUCGGAAGGAAAUAGUCACUGUUUGACUACGGUUGCUUUGGAAUUGGCAAACGGCCAAUUGAGACGAUUCAAAGAACAAUUUUUGGAAUACGUUAAGAAACUUGAAGAAGAAUCUCAGUUUUCAAAAGAAGUCUUAAUCAAUUGAAAACAUACCUUAAAUUAGACAAUUUUAAUUUAGAUAAUUCUAAUUUUAACUAGGUAAGAACGAAUAUGUCGCUUUUAGGCUUGUUUUCGUGUAGGUUGACCACUGUAGAAUAUCUUGAUCAUUAUACUACUAAACACUCAAAACACUCGUUCUAAGAAAACAGCAAUAUUCAUUUUAAUGUUUGCAUUUUAAAAGCAUUACUUAUGAGAAGUAAAGGGUGUUUUUUUAGAGGUAUAGAACUUUAGGUUCAAAUAAAACACCGUUAAAUGAUGUAAAUUGCCAUGAAUUUGGCUUUAUUCGAAAGAUGAUUCUUUGCCAUUUUUAUUUAAAUGUGAUUUUUGGUAUAUGGCCACUUCGGCUGGUUUGGAGAAAGUCUAAUCGGGAAGACCAAUUUUCUAUCACUUUUUGCAGCAAUGGGGGCCGUAUGUGAGUGAUAUGUGGCGAUGUUCUCGUCCAAGGCGUCAAUCGCCUGUGGCUUAUCGGUGUAGACCUAAGACUUCACACAUCCCCACAAAAAGUAGUCCAGCGUAGUUAAAUCUCAUGAUCCUGCAGGCCAAUUCACGGGUUCAUUAAGCGAAAUUAUUCGUUCACCGAACGUUUCAUUCAAUAAAUUAAUUGUGACACGCGCUGUGUGGCAUGUUGCACCGUCCUGUUGUCUAUUCAUGAUGAAAUGGCAAACCAAACUAAACACAAAACAAGUGACAACUAUCAAAUUGGCCCACAGAUCAAACAGUGUUCCCGAUUUAAAGUUCUAUACCUCAAAAAAAAAACACCCUUUAUAAUCCUCAAUAUUUUUCAUGCUUCCUGAUUUUUCACUGUGUAGUUUAACAGAAAUUCUGAAUGUUUUUCUUUUCUUUGUCCAAUAAAAAUAAAUAGCUGUACUUGCUUCGUUAUGACCAAAAAUUGUUUCCAACUACACUACCUAAGUCGAAGACUUAAUGUAAAUUUGUAAUCCCUAACGUUACAUAAAGGAAUAUUUAAGGACUUAAAUGAAUAUUUAACAAAGAAUGUAAUACACAGAGACAAAUCAGCUGUUUUACGA